GCACUAUAGCAUAAGGAUUGUCUGAAUGUAGAUACAGUCAGCUGUUUUUAACCAUGCAUUACUUUAUAUAGGCCUAGUAAAUCAGAUUAUCUACUUGGACCAAAUAUGAACGUUGAUUUUAGAUUUAUAUUUGAAUGUGAAAGGAAAUGUACUUGAGUAGCCAAUUAUAAUAUUAUAUCAACCCGGUCACUGACAAUGGAAACCGAAGUAAUUGAGUACACGAAUGGCCUUUUCAUCCAUUGCUGAUAAUAAACCUUUAAAAUACAGAAGACACAUUCGACAUAAGUCUCGGAAAAAGUAUGUAGCUCAUGGAAUUGUCAUUGCUGCAAUAACUUUUACCGCAACACUUUUCAUCAGCCGAAUUUUUGAUUCGCAUGGAACAUAUCUUCAAGUCAAGAAACGAGACUCAGGAAUUAAUGAAGUGAAAGAACUAAGUAGGAACUGUACUCCAUCAGCUGUUGAAAGUUUUCCGAGUGGAUUUUUUACCAAAGAGCAACGGCAAAGAGGAGCAGUCAUCAUCAAUUUUUUAGUGUCUUUUUAUAUAUUCGGUGCCUUGGCUGUUAUAUGUGAUGACUACUUCGUUCCAUCUCUCGAAGGAAUCACUGAAGGUCUUAACAUAUCUCCAGAUGUUGCCGGUGCCACCUUCAUGGCUGCAGGAAGUUCAGCACCGGAGCUGUUUACGUCAAUUAUCAGUGUUUUUAUAACUGGAGGCGAGAUUGGAAUAGGAACAAUCUUAGGUUCAGCAGUCUUCAAUUUGCUGUUUAUAAUUGGUAUUUGUGGCCUCCUCGCUGGCAUGGUCAUACGGUUACUAUUUUGGCCCAUGUUUCGUGAUUCCUUAUGUUACAUCAUCAGCAUCGUCGCUCUUGUCAUUGUGAUUUCUGAUGAGACGAUCCAAUGGUACGAAAGUCUUAUAUUAUUAAUACUAUACGUGGGCUAUAUUCUGCUAAUGUAUUUCAACGAAAGUCUGAAGAAUAUCAACAAUAGUAUUUUAAAUAUUAAUGGACACAUGCCACCGUCUGAAAAUAGCUCACUGAUCGAGAACCGUGAAGGCAAUGAUAUAACAUUGAUGAAUGAUAAGAAUCUACAAUGCAUUGAAGUAAAUUGCAGCAAUGGGAUAAGCAUGCACACGUCAUCGAAUAGCCUGCAAAUUAACGAAACCGACGAAUCUAAGGAGCAAGAUCAUAUUUUGGCGGUUCCCGAUGGUGUUGUUUGCCGUUGUAUAUGGCUCAUAGCCUUUCCAAUAUAUUUAUCAUUCUAUCUAACCAUUCCGGACUGCCGUCGAGUGCGUUGGAAAAGCUGGUACAUGAUUACGUUUCUGAAUUCCGUGAUAUACAUUGGUGGAUUAUCGUAUGUACUAGUGUGGAUGGUUUCAAUUAUUGGUGAUACAUUUAGCAUUGAUGAUUCUAUCAUGGGACUGACAUUACUUGCGGCGGGGACAAGCAUCCCUGACGCUAUGGCAAGUGUACUUGCCGCAAGAGACGGAUUUGGCGGCAUGGCAAUCUCGAAUUCGAUUGGUAGCAAUAUAUUUGAUAUUUUGCUCUGUCUAGGUUUACCAUGGUUCAUUCAAACAUUUAUUGUGGACUUCAAUGGAACAAUCGGUAUUCCAUCAUCGAGCCUUCUAUUCACUGCCAUCAUGUUACUCGCAACUAUGUUUGUAACGCUACUUGUGUUCUACUUACGGGGAGGCCAGCUUAACAAAUACACUGGAUCUCUUUUUAUUAUAGCCUACAUAAUAUUUCUCACAAUUUGCAUUCUACAUGAUACGAACAUAAUUGGCAAUGGUACAGCAAUUAUUACGUGCCCUACAUAAUGAAAGUCUUGUAACAGAUAUGAGAAUUAUCUUUUAAAAUAUAGAGUGAUAAGAGUGUACAAUUAAUUGUUAAAUGGUUGAAAUCAAGAUUUGUUUAUACCUAAAAUAUAUAUAGGGAGGACAACUUCAACCCCACUUGUUUAUAAUUAGAGACUAUAAUGGAACAAAAAAAAUGACACUAGUAUUCCGAGGCCUAGUAAUAUUAACUCGCUAGGAAUCAAACUAGUCUCCUGAUGUUGGCCUUUAACCAACAAUGGGGAUUUCGUUUCAAAUUCGAAUCCAAUUAGAGGCGACUGAUCACACUAUGCAGGUAUAGUAUGAUAUUAAACGAUCGAGAUAAAAUAUAUAUUACAUAGUAAAUACGAUAAUACACUUCUUAUUAAUUUUGAAUAUGAUAUAUCCCAAAUCUUUGCUAGCAUUGGCUAUGUAGAUGUUAAGUUUGAGAAUCGAUUUGAGCUCGGUAUCACCGGACUACUUAAUGAUCAAACCGUUAGCUAUGAAAAUAGAUUUAACGUUGCCUAUUAUGUAAUAAGAAUUCAGAUUAACUUAUAUUUACAAAUUUUCAUCUUAUAUUAUUUUGGAUUGUCAACACUGUUCUUAUUCUAUUGCUUAAUCGUAUAUACAUAUAAAGAAAUUUAUAAUAUUUAAGUUAUUGUUAUGAAUAGAAAAUAUAUUUACAAAAAAGAAAUGGAAUGCUCAUAAUAAAAAUUUUCUGUUGAAUUUUAAACUUCUCUAAUUUAAGUAAUAUAGGCCUAUGAAUUAUUAUUUUUGAGCCGAAUAUGUUAAAGAAAUAUUUAAUUGUUUAAUUUGGGUUUUCCAUUUCCAAGCUAUGCUUCAGGAAUUUCCCAUUUUUUUUGGUCUUCAAAAAUGAAUUUAUGUACAUUUAUAUAUUCGUUAAAUUAAAAAAAAUAUUUUGUCAUUGGCAUUGUCAUUAUUAUUUCACAGAAGCCUAUAUUUAAAAGAGCUCUUGUUGUUAUUACACCUGUUAAGGAAAUCAUAAGAAUUAUAAUGUGGGCAUCAAGCAUCUCUAGAUGGUUUAUGAUUUAUUUCUUCGUCAUACUCUGUAACAAUAACAACUUUAAAUACGACUUGCGUCGUCUUGAGACAAUUCAUUAUACAAAUAAAUAUA